UCUAGUAAACAUAACCAAAUAUUUACUAAAGAGCUAAAUUAUGAUUAGUAUAGUAGAAGAAAAUUACUAUAAUAUUAAAAGAGAAGGGACAAAAGAAGUGAAGAGCCAAAAAAAAAAAAAAAAUCUUCAUUCAACCUUCAUGCCAAAUUCAAACAAUCAUGAUUUCGAAGAAAGACUCAGGGGAUUCAAUUAGAAGCAAUGAGGACUCAAUAAAGUUGAUGCUUGAGGGUGUUUAUGUUGAUAGAUUGGUAGAUGUACCUCUAAACAAUGAUCUCGAAACAAACAUUGCCAAGAAAAAUGCUAGUGAUCUACCUCCACCCUCCAAGAGGUUUUCUGGCCCUUUAUAUCCUGGGGUGCCUCUUAGCAGGAAUCAGAGUACUUCAUCCACUAAUACUGGGUUCACAAGGAACUCAAGUUCCUCCCUAGGGCAACCCAUGAGCAGGAUUAAUUCUAGGAUACAAUCCUUCAGGAGGCUCAUGAGUAGCGCUAGGAAAAGGAAUGCAGGACCACCAAACAUUCCUAGGAUGAUGCAAAGGACAAGCUCUUCUGCAGCAAAAGGGCUCCAGAGCCUGCGGUUCCUUGAUCAGACAACUACUGGGAAUGAAAACGAUGCUUGGAAAUCCAUUGAGAGGCGUUUCAACCAACAUGUUAUUAAUGGGAAGCUCCCAAGAGAUAAGUUUGGUGUCAGCGUAGGGAUGGGUGAUACAAAGGAAUUUGCCAUGGAAGUAUUUGAUGCAAUAGCAAGAAGGAAGGGAAUAAGCAUAGAAAAUGGGAUUACCAAGGAUGAACUAAAAUUGUUUUGGCAAGAAUUAACUAGUGGAAAUCUUGAUUCUCGACUUCAAGUAUUCUUUGAUAUGUGUGACAAGAAUGGGGAUGGAAAAAUAUCAGAGGAAGAGGUAAAAGAGAUUAUAAUGCUGAGUGCCUCUGCAAACAAGCUUGGAAAUCUCAAGGAACAAGCAGCAACAUAUGCUAGUUUGAUCAUGGAAGAGCUUGAUCCAGAUCAUCUAGGGUACAUAGAGAUAUGGCAGUUGGAAGUUCUAUUAAAGGGAAUGGGAACUUCUGACAGCAAUGCCAAGCUAAGCAGGAAAACACAAUGCCUAACAAAAGCAAUGAUCCCAAAAAGAUACAGAACUCCGAUUAGCAAAUACUUGACAAUGACAUCAGAUUUCAUAAAUGAUUACUGGAGGAGAAUAUGGAUGAUCAUAAUAUGGAUAUCCAUAAAUUUUAUCCUCUUUUACUGGAAAUUCUAUGAAUUCUACGAGUCAAGUACAUACCAAAUCACAGGGCUUUGUGUUUGCAUUGCCAAGGGUUCUGCUGAGGCACUCAAGUUUAACAUGGCUCUCAUCCUUCUCCCAGUAUGCAGAAGAACUCUUACUAAGCUCAGGGAAUCAUUUCUCAACAAGUUAAUCCCUUUUGAUGACAACAUAAACUUCCACAAGUUAGUUGCCUUGUCAAUAGUAAUUUGGACAGGCAUACAUACCAUAAUGCACCUUGCCUGCAAUUAUCCAAAACUCUCUUCAUGUCCUAGGGACAAAUUCAUGGCAUUUCUUGGUCCUGUCUUCGGCUACAAGCAACCAACUUACGGGGAUCUAGUGAAUAACACUGUAGGCAUUACCGGGGUGCUUAUGAUCAUCAUAAUGGGAUUUUCAUUCACACUUGCGACACAUUCUUUCAGAAGGAAUGUGAUUAAGUUACCAAGGCCAUUUAACAAUUUGGCUGGCUUUAAUGCCUUCUGGUAUGCACACCAUUUGUUAAUCUUGGCUUAUAUGCUUUUGAUCAUGCACGGUUACUUCCUUAUUCUUCCAAAGCCUUGGUACUUAAAGACGACAUGGAUGUAUGUUAUUGUUCCAAUGUUAUUAUAUGCAAAUGAGAGAUUAUUGACAACAUUUCAAGAACAGAAACAUCACGUAGAUGUUAUUAAGGCAGUGAUAUAUACAGGAAAUGUUCUCGCACUAUAUAUGUCAAAGCCUCUAGGAUUUAAGUACAAAAGUGGAAUGUAUCUAUUUGUCAAGUGUCCCAAUAUAUCAGGUUUUGAAUGGCAUCCCUUCUCAAUCACUUCUGCACCAAAAGAUGACUAUUUAAGUGUCCAUAUUCGAACCCUUGGAGACUGGACUACAGAACUGAAAAACAUAUUUGCAAAGGUAUGUGAGCCUCCAACUGUAGUACCAAAAAGAGGAAACCUAAUGAGAAUGGAAACUAGAGCUAAACCAAACUCGAAUAAAAAUGAUAUUGCAGAAGAAUCACAAGCAAUGUUUCCACAGAUCUUCAUCAAGGGACCAUAUGGAGCACCAGCUCAAGAUUACAAGAAGUAUGACAUUCUCUUACUAAUCGGCUUAGGAAUUGGGGCAACUCCUUUCAUUAGCAUCAUCAAAGAUUUGCUAAACCAUAUCAAGCCAGGAAGGCCCUUAACUGAUCAACAAUUUGUAAGCACCUUUACCGAGCAAGACACCGACAAAAGGUACCCUGAAAGAGCCUACUUUUAUUGGGUAACUAGAGAACAAGGCUCCUUUGAGUGGUUCAAAGGUGUCAUGAAUGACAUUGCAGAAUUUGAUAAGAACAAAGUGAUAGAGAUGCAUAACUACUUAACUAGCGUGUAUGAAGAAGGAGAUGCAAGGUCAGCACUGAUACAAAUGGUGCAGAAGAUUCAACAAGCUAAGAAUGGAGUUGAUAUUGUCUCAGAAAGUCGGAUAACAACGCAUUUUGCUAGACCAAACUGGAGAAAAGUUUUCUCUGGAUUAGCUAAUACCCAUCAAACUUCUCGAAUAGGUGUGUUCUAUUGUGGAAGUGCUGCCCUCACAAAACCAUUAGAGAAACUGUGCAAAGAAUUUAGCUUAGAAUCAUCAACGAGGUUCCAAUUUCACAAGGAAAACUUCUAAAUCUAAAUCAACAUCACAAUCUUAA